GGUUAUUUACAACUUAUUGCUGCUGCUCUCAACUCUUUCCGGGAUUGUUUUCAUCUUCUCCAUGGCCAUGGCCAGUUCUAGCAAGAUAACGGCCGCCGAAGCUAUUUUGUUGAGAAAGCGAAGGCCGGAAGAUGAUUUAAAGACCAAACCGAUUCUGAAGAAACAUACAGAAAAACCCGAUGAGAUCAAACGAAGGGUUAAGUUGUCGGAGACAAAGUUUGACCAGGUCGAUUUAAUCUCAGUGAAGGAGUGUAUUCAUAGGUGCGUUGGCUUUGUUGAGUUUGCUUCUGCUAAUGAAGCAAAGAAGGCGUUGCAGAAGAAGAACGGUAUAAAUUUGCUCGAUCGUCAGAUUUCUUUGGUUAAUAAGGGAGCUGCCCCAUCCAACAUCAAGUUCUUCGAAGAUUUUGCAAAUGUUGUUGGUGUUCGACUUAUUGUAAACCAUGAGGGUAAGCAUGUGGGCUAUGGCUUCGUUGAGUUUGAUUCUGCUUACCAAGCAAACAUCAAUUUCUUCAAAGAUGUUGGACAAGUUGUUCAUGUUCGACUUAGGGUAGACCACAAUCUCAAGCAUGUAGGCAAUGGCUUUGUUGAGUUUGCUUCUGCUAACGAAGCAAAUAAGGCGCUCAACAAGAAGAACGGUGAAUAUUUGCACGAUUGCCAGAUUUUUCUUGAUGUUGUUAAGACAGAUCCAGACCCUCCAAGACCCAUCUACAAAUUUUUCAACGAUGUUGGAGACAUUGUUCGUGUUCGACUAAUUGUAACCCGCGAGGGCAGGCGUUUGGGCUGUUGCUUUGUUGAGUUUGCUUCUGCUGACGAAGCAAAGAAGGCGGUGCAAACGAAGAAUUGUAGGAUGUUUUAUGUUAACAUGGCUGAGAUAGCUCCAUACCCUUUCCGAGCCAAGUACAAACUUGCAGAGAAGCUCGCAGAGAAGCUUUUGGCACGAAGACAAGCUUCGACGAGAAGGCUUUGGUUUGGAGAACACACCAAAGCUGAGAAUACAGCAGGCAUGCUACAGCGG